AUGGCUGCCGGGGGCGUUCUUUGGCCCCGGGGGUCGACAAAUGUUCGACGUCCGCCUGGACGACAGGUUGGUUUCGCGUCACCGCAACCAACUCCGUCCUCGUUUCCUGGACCAGCCGCAGUCCCAAACCCCGGCUUCUCUCUCUCUUUCCCAUUGCUGGUCCCUUCUGUGGGGCCUAUGUUGCUGCCCUCUCCUCAGUUAGUGGGGGAUCUUCCAGGAAAUGACCAGCAGCUGCCGGCUGCUAGCCCCGCGCCGCCGCCGCCUCCUCCAGACCUGGGGCAACCCCAGGACCUUCCCCGGGAUCCACUUCCCAGCCCCUCUUCGGUGCCGUCCCGGUUGGACGACGCGGACGUUCCCAUGCCGCUUGCCCAGCCCAUCAUCGCCUCGCAACCGCCACCACUUUGA